GCUUGCCCUGGUGUGUCACUGCUGUCCUUUAGGCAAAGCGAGGAGGUGGGAGAGGGGACAUCCCCAGGGCUGGCCAUGGUCAGCACAGCUCCAGGCAAUGACAUUUGGGACCCAAGCCGGGGCGUGCUGGGCAGCAGAGGAUGCCUGGGCGUGUUGGAGAGCUGGGGCAGGGCAGCACGACCAGGCUUCCUAAGGGAGCCCGCCUGUUUGCUGCUAGCCCAGCUCCCACCACCAAAGGCAUUGGGUUUAGGUUUUCUUUCACAGCUUCAGAUAUUUCUGCACUGCUCGGUCUGUCUCUCCUGUGUUUCACCUAGUCUAGGGGUUCUGGAUUUUAGUGAUUUCCGCCAGCUUUUGAUGAUCUGUGAGACAGAGCAGAGGGUUUUUGGGGAGGCUGUGCAUUCCCAUGUUGAAUGUUUCCAGGGGAUAGCCUGAGUCACUUCUCUCCACCAAGUAUGAUGGGGUUGAGAUGACUCAUGUGGAUGGACAGAUCUCCAUCCUCCUGCCACAGGAUUUCAAACCCACUCCAGCAUCCUCACAUACUGAGGGCUUAAAAAGGACUGAGCUUUAACUUCUGCCAUGGAUUGGAGCUAAGAGGGAAACAUCCUUUUCUUGGGACAGGGACGUGCUUUCCUGUACAGCUGGACUUGUUCCUCCAGCGGGUACACCAAGCUGUGGAGGCAAUCCCGUUGCUGUGCCACGUGUUCGCUGGGAAGUUUGCCUGACUUUGUCGUAAUGGUCAGCAGAAUGGAACAGGCUGGGGGACUUGGGCUGCUGUGGGGUGGGACGUGGUCCAGGCAGCCUCCUGGGACUCAGCUCUGGUCCUGGUCAGGCUGGAUUCCCCUGAAAGUCAUAGAGGCUCUUGGGUAUUUGCUGGCAGUGUGUUGGCAGCACUUCUGAAAAUCCCCCAGCUCUCUUGGUGGUGAGGCUGUGACUGCGAUACCUUGCUCUGCCUGUCUCUGCUCAGGCUGCAAUGGCUCGGGGGUGCAUGGAGGCUGGUGGCCAGGCAAGCCCUCCGCUGGCAUGGGACUGCAUAGUGCUGAGCCUGAGCCAGGGCCCUUUGGGACUGCAGGUGGCGUAUCCUGACACCCAUAAGGGUGCUAGCCCAUCGUAUAAUUAAAACAGUCUAAAAAGGGCUGAGUGAGCAUGGAUCCUCCUUCGUGGAAGACAAGAGCAGCCGAUGCAGCCCAAUCUGGUCUCUGCGUGUGGUAGGGACCGAUCACCCUACAGGGACCCAUGACCUUCUGCUUGUACAACCUGGUGGUGCCCACCCAGCCAUAGCUGGGACCCUCCAGACACAUCCAAAAAGCAAACAGGGUAAAGUGUGAUCUGCUGAAACCCACCUCGUCACAGUGUCUUUGGUGUCUGUCCUGCUAAUGACCAGCCCUCAGAGAAAGGAGAGGGCAUUGGUGUGGUGUCCCCACCAUGCCUCCCUGGCUGUAAGCACCAGGGAGGGGAAAACCUUGGAGGAAGGUGACUAUUGCCUUCUGCAGGCCUGGCCAGAGCAUGAUGCAAAUGAGGAACCCCUGCUCAGGAGGAAGGUGGUUCAACGGGGUGAGCAGUGGGAGGAUGGAGAGGUGAGGAGGGAGGCAAACUGGAGGAUCCCAGCCCCAGUGGCCUCACCUCUGUGUGGAACCACACUUCAUCUUGUAUUAGCUUGGCCAAAUAGAGCAGCCAUUGCAAACUGUUCCCCACCUCUGGGUCCCCAUUAACUGUUGCCCUGCAGAGGAGGGGCACUGAGGUUGGGUUUAUGGAGUGUUCAGCACCCGAUGCUCAGCCAGGUCCUACUCUCUCCAGCACCCUGGUAGUUUAGAAAGGAGGAUGGGGCUGCAAAGCCCUUUAAACCAUGGUCUUAUCUGCCAGUUCCCGGGGUGAACUGUGCUUUCACUGCAAAGUUCUUUGUUUUCAAGAAUAUAGCCAGAUGGUUCCCAUAACUACCCCAAAUUCUUGGGAGAGGUGGAUUUUGAGUCACUAAGGUUUUUUCACAAAAAAACCUCAUAGUUAUUGAAAACUGAAGGGAGGAAUAUGACUUCUUUUCUCACCCUUCCUUCUAAUUUUUUCUUGAAAAUGAAAUAAAAUACAGCUGAUGCCAUGGGUAUUUUAAGAAUUGCAGAGAGGAAGCGGGGAUUUGCAGCUCUGCAAAGAAGUGGGAUGAAUGCAGAGAAGACUCUGGUCUUGCUGAGCUGGCAGACAGCAAAAUAACCAGUUACGGGAUGAAAUGUGUCUCGUGUCUGCUGCAAGGAAGGGAGGAGAUCCAAAGGUGGAGGAGGGGGACAGAAAGCAGAGAAGCCCUCAUGGGUGUGGAUCGUGGAACUGAGCGGCUUCUCCCUUUCGCUGGCACUUUUGCAGGCCUUGCUUUUAUGCCCUGCACUGUCAUAUUUCCCCUCGACUCAUCUAUCGUCUCCCCACCGUCAUGUGUGUUGGCUGGGGCCUGUGAGCCCUUCCUGUUUCUGGUUAGAAAGCCUGUGGUCACCGGUGAGCUCAGGCACAUGCACACAGAGCAGAAGCAAGCCCCGUCCGUGGUCGGUGGCGUUGAGCGUGGACUCCAGUGCGGAUGCCACGGGGAUCGCUGCUUCGCUGUCUAGCUCCCGCCUGCUGCACCUCAGCCAAGGAGCCCUUUGGCUGCGCCUGAUCCGCCACCUCCUCCUCCUCCUUCCUCCUCCUCGCAAUGUGCUUGCUGGGACGGUCCUGCACCCUGAAGGGACGUGCGAUCCUGGGAGCUGGAGGGACGCAAGGGAAGGUGAGACGCAGGACCCAAGGCCAUGCCCAUGUGGAGUGAGAAGCAGCUGCACACUCACCCCAUCGUUGCAGACGCCCUGCGGCCGCCGUGCCCACCCCGUGCUGCAGCCUCAGCUCGGCCAUGGAGAGCACAGCGGUGGAGUCGGACAUCCUGCGCCGUGUCCGCACGCUGCUGCGAGAGCUGGACGGGCAUCACCCCGCCUGCCAGUGUGACCGAGGGAUGCUGCGAUGGACCCUGCAUAAAAAAAUUGACCAGAAUCCCAGUAACAGCUCCGUUCUGGUCCGGAUCCUGGUGAAGGAGCUGGAAAGGGCGGAGCGAGGUGACUUCAGACAUUACAUCAUCCCCUUGCUGCACACGCUGAUGUAUACCUUGAUAAAGGCUCCCUGCAUCUCUGACGAGCUCUGUGGCAGAGUGUAUGAUUUCUGUAAGAAGCUGCUCACCCUGCCCAAGCCUUUCUGCACCAUCGGUUUGGACUAUGCCAUCAGGCUGAAGAUGGAAAGGACAGCACCAGGUACGUUGUACCAAAGAAUGGUCAUUUCCGAACAAAGUCUCAAAAGCGAUCCGUAUCCUUAUCAGGAAAAGAUUUUCAUCUUUGCCGAUCCAGAGCUGCUCUCUGAAGCCAUCUGCAACGCGCUGGUCACUGACACAAAGGCAGCUCAGGUCUCCCAAAGCCCCCGGGCAUGCAUGUGCUACGUGAUCAUCCACGCCAUGCAGGCGGCCCUGGGCGAGGGCUGUGACGUUAGCGGCUUGAAGGCGAGCCUCCAGGAUAUGCCCAUGAGUGACGUUGAGCACUGGUUCCGGCAAGUGGUGGUGGCAGUCGAGUGUGCAGGAAACGAGGCGAGUGCAGACCGCAGCCAGCACGCAGCAAGGCUGGAGAAGAUUUACUGCGCUGUCCUCAGCUCCUUGCAAGCAGGCAAUGCUCCCCUAGGAGGGCUGCAGGGUACCCCUCUGCCUAACCCCAACAUCAGCUUUCACCUCUGGACAGAAGAGGACCAGCUCUGGAAGGAAUUGGUGCUGUUCAUCCGCCCGCUGUCGCAGAGCUGCGAGCCUGAGUGCCUAAGCCAAGACCUGGACAACUUCGAGAUCCAGGACAUAAUUUCGGACUGCGAGUGCUGCAAGCAGACCCGCUUCUCCGUGCUCUCCACUGACAGUGGCAUCGAACGAGACCUGCCCACGGCAGUUGAGGAGCCCUUCACCCCUUGCAGUGCCGAAACGGAGCAAUCCCGUCUCCACAGGAAGGGUGGCAUUAAAAAAAAGCCGUCGCCACUGGAGAACGUGGCCUUCUUGCAGGCUGGCUGCAAUGGUCCUGGGGCGAAGCCCCCGGUGAAGCUGCAGAGGAGACCAGGCAUCCCCCCAGUGCCUGCAGCCCCGCUCCAGAGGCUGCACACUGCCCGCAUCGUGCUGCUGGGGGAUGACCGGAUCCUGGGGCGCCUGGCCCAAGCCUAUCACUCUUUGAGGAAACGAGAAACUCGGCGAGUUUUCCUGACUCCCAGGCUGAACCUGCAGUUCUACUACAUCCCAGUUGUGACGGGGCAGCCAAACACCUUGGCUGUUACGGACCACGCUGCCACAGGCCAAGAGGACCUCUGCGAGGUGGCUGGGUACCUGGGCAGAGCUGACCCGUGGUACGAGAGCAACAUCAACACGCUGUGCCACAUGAUUCCCAAGCUGGCUGCCAUGCCUUCCUCUCCAAGCAAACAUCUUGUGACUGAUCUGUUCAUCACUGAUGUGAUUGCUUACUACGUUCGCAUGGGCAUCCAGCCCGUCUGCUUCCAGGUCUACGCUGUGAAGAUUUUCUUCAAUGACCCGGCGCAGGAGCCGGCCGAGGACGUGUUCCUCACGGAGCUGCGCACCCAGGUGCAGGAGAGCAUCUCCCACAGAGAGUUAAUCAUGACCAAGAAGAAAAUGACCCUGGAUGGCCCUGGCAUAGAUCUCACAGUAACAUACAGAAAGGUUGUGGUGAGCAACCGGGCGAAGGAGCUGGCUAUGUCCCUGCGCGCCACAGGUCUUGUGAUGAAAGCCAUCCCUGCUGAUGAGUCUGAAGACCUGGUGUGUCUGAAUGUGAACAUCACUGAAAUCGUUAGGAUCAACAAUUUGUCAGGACGAUCAUUCUCAGCUGUGGCAAACAGGUUGAAGACACGCAAUAUCAAAAUCAGGAGCACAGAGCAGAGGCCCUUCAUGGUGUGUCUGGACAAGGACAGCAGAAGAGCCUACAGGAAUGUAAUCAGUGUGGAAGUGUCUCCUUGCCUAGAGCCCAGCUACUGCUUGCAAAAGACAAGGACAAUGAAAUUCAACCUGCACAAAACAGAAGAUGUGGGGCUUGUGAAAUACAUGCCCAGGUCUCUGCUGUUGCCUAUCAACACAUUUGCAGGCGUUAUCCAAUGAAGAAAACAAGAAAAAGCUGGUGUGAGAGAUGCGACAUUGGGUCAUCACAGAGGAGAUGGGAAAAGAAAACACACUAAAAGCCACCAAUGGUGAUUUUACAAUGGUAACAGUGUAAAAAGCUGCAACAGCAGAGGUGGAUAGUGCUCUGGGAGGACAGCCAUGCCCUGCUGAAUGACAGUGAUGAUCACAGCUAACACCCCCCUGCCAAGGGACAGAGUGUUGCUGAAGAACUGAGUUUUAACCUUUUGCACAAGUCAGGGAAAACCUUUGAGCUUCUUCAUUUCAGGAAGACUGGGGAAAAUACAGCUGAGGUGAUGGUGCUUGCUGUGCUUGUGGAUCAUAGAGCAGUUGCUAUCAGUAAUAUUUAUUAUGGUGAUGUCUGACAGCCCGGCAGGGGAUCUGUUGUGUGGGGUUCUGCAUAGCAAACUCUUCAUUCUGGCACAGGGUGAUGUAUUUGGGCAAACCAGCAAUUAUUCCCCUGACUGAUUUAGGAAACCUCAUUGUAAGCCUGACCACAACUGGGAGAGCACAUGUGUCUAAUGCAGCUUCUAUGGAAGUCAGCGGGAAACCUGCUGUUGUUUCAAAGGGGCCACACAAAGUAACGAUGAAUGGUGUGAAACAGGGACAUGGAAAAUCUAGUGCAAUAUUUGGCAGUAAUGAACAGGGUAAGAACAGAUCAGGCUGCCUAGGCAGUGCUGUGGGAUAUGCUCAGCUGUGAAUGGUAUAGACCUGCUUGAAGAAGAAACCUUCAUUGAGCAGACAAUGGAGGCUGCACAACAGCUCUUUGACGUCUGAGCUGUACCUUUGAGUCCACCUGGCAUUUCGCUGUGGCUUUGCUACACAACCUCUCCACAUCUGGUCUGGAGCCUCAUGAGCACUGGUUGCCUUCCUCCAGUUGUACAUCCCGGGAACAACCACCUACAACCCCAGCAGCAGCGGACCUCUUCCGUGAGGCCAGCCAGCAAUACCUCUGCAUCCCAGUCUGCCUUGUAGUCCUGGUUUGGUCUGUGUCUGCUGUGCAGGUAAGGGAUGUAGAAGAGAAGAGUAGUGCUCCUGGGAUUGAUGGAUGGGCAGGAUGCCUGCAAGACUUCUCCGUUCCUCUGGUGCUACCAUAGUGUAGAAACCCUCCCCUGGUUUGCAGAUGGGCCAGGCUGAGCAGUGACAGCACAGCUCCUGCUUCCACCCAGGCUUAGACUAACCCAGUGUGAAGGAUUAUCAUGUAGGAGGACCCUGUCUUCAUUCCAGUUUGUGGCUGACUGAAAUAAUGGAAGAAACAUGGUGUGUAUUUAUUGACUUUUUGAGUGUGAUCUGUGGUUUCAGGAGUGUCUCCAGGGAGUCUUCCCUAAAUUCACAUUGGAGGUGAUUUGGGGGCAUUCCUUCUAUGACACUAUCAUUGUUUUAUUCUCUCAGCUCCCAGAUAACUUGUUACCUGGAUUGCCUUCACUCAGCGGUGCUUGCUUGGAUCAGCAGCCCAAAGAAAGUGUCCUUUAGCUUUGUAUAUGUGCAUAGCAGCUAGUCAUCGAUGGGGAGUCCCUGGAGCCAGCUCUGUGCUACAGGGUGAUGCUGACCUAGCGGCAGCGGCACUGGCAAAACCCUAUGUUAGCCUUGAUGGCUGGGGACAAAUCCACCCCUCUGUCCUGUCUGUGCCGGGUCUGCCCAGCCCUGGGGAGCUGCAUCUCUGGAAAGCCACUUUUGUUUAACCACCCACACCUGGAACAAGGAGCCCACCUCCAGGUAUCCCAGUCUGGGGUACUGGAGAGGAGUUUCUGUUCUGCAGAACUGCUCUGAGCUUGUGGGUUGUCUUGGCUGUUUAGGCCCCAAGGAAAUCUUCCUUGCAUUUCUUGCCACAUGCACAAGGCUUUAGGGGUUCAACCCUCAGACUUCCCUGGCCCCUUUCUUUACCAGCAAGCACAGGGCUGCCAUAUUCCUGCUGCUGUCCUGCAUUGUUACCUGGCACAGCAGGCAUCAUCGCUUCCUGUUCCCAAGCUAAAGGUUUAUUCACUCUCACUUUGAAUGUACCAUGCAGUCCAAAACAACUGCUGAAAUACACUAUUGGGGGCACAGCAGCUCAAGGGCUGUCGGCAGGCGAUGGGUUAUUUAGCAGUGUAAAAAGCCUCCAGGUCCCCAGAAAUAUUUAAUCCCAAACCAGCACCAACAGUUGAAAGAUCAUGUUGGGCAACAGCAACAUGACCAUUUCCUAAGGAAGCUACCUUGAAAUGCUGGCAGAUGUAGCCCCUCACUCCCAGCUGAGCCAAGCACAGUCCCUGAGACUUAAUGUCCCCCCAUGGGAGUCACAAAGCUGCAAGAUCUCAGCAACAGUGAUCGGUUCUUCAGUACUGUUUUUCACCUCAAAGGUCAAAAACUGUCGAUGCCCACCAAUGCCAGACUUAGGCAGCAAACAUUUUGGCCCUGAAGGAAGCUGAAGUUAGACAGGAACAAUUGCGAAACACCUGCUUGCACCAGCUGUUUUCCUCUGCAGGCUGCUGCAUAGGGUAACACGGGGUUUAAGGGGUGACCAGCGGCUCUUCAUACCUCUGCCUCCUUGGGGCUUCAUUGUCAGGUUCAUGUACCCUGGCACACAAAGCAAAUGCUUACACAGCCAAGAGACGGUGUGCUAGGUUGGAGCGUGGUCUGCAGUGUCCAGAGUUUACUCUGUACAGUUGUAAAUUAUGUAGAUGGAUUAUAAGUUAUUUGUAUAGGUGUCAGAGAUGAUCUGUAUCAGAAGGUGCAAUCCUUUUAAUGCCAAUUAAAAAAAAAAAUUAGAAAAAAACCCCAGCAGAAACUGUCAGUUUGGUUGGGUUUUUAUGUUUGCAUGUGGGUGGGGAAUAAGAUGGUAGGAACAGAAAGACAUCAGUGUCAUUUGGCCCUCUAUGGCUGAUGUCUUCUCCUCCCCACCUUGGGGCUACAUGCAAUGUUACACAGAAAGACUUCAUGGGCAGAGCUCUUUUGUGAAGGGAUGGGCAGAAAUGGCUGAAUUGCAGAAAUGUGGAAGCGGUAGUCGAUAACCCCCAUGCUGGCUGCCCCUCCAUUCCCCUCUGUACUGGUACGCUCUGUCCCUGCAGCCUGUUCCCCUCAAAGUCUGUCACUUCAAAGCACCCCCUUCCCUUAGUGGGGCCAGCGCUUGGCCCAGCACACGUAGGCUUGGGCUGGGAAAGGGGUGAAACGCUGGCUUUCUCCAAGCAUUCUCUAAAGCCCACUGAGCCUACUGACUGCAGGAGCUGCUCAUUGAUAGAGCAGAAACAGUUCAUGAACUCAUGUUAAUGAGUUAGCACAUCUGUGAGAGAGAGAAUUUCACAGGUUGUUUUAUUUGCCCCUGGAAAUCGUGGGCAGUUAAUGCAGAUCACAGAGCAACCAUAGUACAGGGACAGUGUUCAGGUAGGCCCUGUACCCAGGAAUUGCUGGCCUCAGAGCAGCUCCAUCUUCUGCACAGGGUCUGGGUGAAAUGCCUGGAGGAAUGUGGCAGGUGGACCUCAAGGAGAUAAGGGUGGACAUCAUUGCCUGGAGGCUGGGAGAGCACAGAAGCCUGAGUGCAGGGUGCAUUCAUAAAUAACAGAGCCUGGAGGUAGGGCUUGCAGGCACAAACCCUUCUGGCACAGCUGUGUUAGGGGUUUUACCUGGCAGGAUCCUCCACCUCCCUCUCCAGCUUGUUGGAGAGACUCCCAGCCUUUCCAAGUCCCUCCUGAAUAUAUGUAUUUAAGCCAUUAUACCACACUUGUCUUUGUUACAUCAAAAUGCCCCCAGCUCUCUGCGUGCCCAGCUUGAUGCCAAGCAGAGAUGCAAACAGCUCUCCAGCACACAGUGGCUGACGCCGAGCUGGCUUGGCCAGGGUCCGCAUGUGUCCCUGCUUAGUGGCUUGCUGUCUCACCCACAGUCCUGGCUGCGUCACGCCAGGUCUGCUUCCCAGUGUGAGUCACUGCCACCUCCUCCUGCACAAACCCAGACCAGCCCAGGCGGCAAGCAGCGCUUUGGCACUUGCAGGUAGUUAAGGCAAUCCCCAGCCAGCUGCCUGUGAGCUCUGCAUUCUGAACAACCUCCUCCUUCCAUCACCUCUCCCGAAAUACCACCUAGGACAACCUGAAAACACCCACUGGCUGUAAAUUAUUAAACACUUUGUGAAAAAAGAAUACAAAUCACCUCUUUUCCAGGGAGCAUUCUGUACCGCAAUUAAAAACUUCAGAGGCAGAACGAACCCAGCAAUAAGUAGUCCUGGUAUAGAUCAUUUUUACAUAUGGAAAGAAAAUUAAUCUCCCACCAGCUCCAUGUGAAAACCUACAGACUGAUCGAGGGGGAGGACAACGCUGCAUGGCCACUGUUAACGGUGGAUCAAUGUGUUUUUGUCAUACGACCUCCCCAGCAGCACCGCUGCAAGGUGCCAGGAAUAAAUCAGUUCUAACAAACAGCGGUGUUUACAGCCCCAUCCAUAUUUCAUAUCCCACCAGGGUGAUUUCAGUAGUGCUCUGCUCAGGCAGCUCUUCCCUUUUCUUGGCUGAAUUCGCUGAGCCCUCCGCAGGCACACAAUGUCCAGGCAGUCCUGCCUGCCUUUGCUCUACCACACUCAGAGGACAGAACAUAAAGCCGGACAAAAGCAGCCUUCAAACACUGCUUGGAUAAAUGCGGAACAGGGAAAAGCCCCUCUUAAAGGUGUUUCAAAACAAGGAAAAUGCAAUCUCCCCAUGUCUUGCUUUGUGCUCAUUAAAAUUGAAGCUCUGCUGGUUUCUGUGCUGCGCUACGCUGUUGGCAUGUGUUUUCCAGGUGACCCCAGAAGCUGGAAACAACUCCAUAGGAUGUGGGUGUCAUGAUGGCUCCUGUGAACGCUGUUUGCAUGAACACAUGGCACGACACGCAGAACAGCUGGCUACAAAGUACUGUAAUAAAGCAGGACUAUGAACACAUCACUCAAUGCAAGGGAAAAAAAUCAAAGAGUCUGUGCUGAAAGAAGGGUAUUCCCCAUCACGAAUGAUGAUUUAGGAGAUCUGACUGCACUGAGCUUCUGAAUUCAGUGGUUCAUGAGCCUGUUUUUACACAUUUCCUUGCAUCUUGCCCACUCUGCUGCAGCAGAGGCAUUGCCAUGUGUGCCGGGACUGCUGGAGACCACCAGCACCUGAACAACUCUUCCCUUAUGGAGACGCAUAGUGGAAGUGCUCAGCAGCCAGUCCUUCCCGAGCUCCACAGGGCUUGAAAGGAGAGGAGCAGAGCAAAGGUGUUAGCACAGAGGGGAGCUGUGAGCGGAGAGCUGUGGGGGUCGGGUGACGUAGCUGCAACCCUGGGGCAGCUGCCCUAAAGCAGCUUAAACCCUCAGGGUGUGAAAUUCACUUGGGAACACUCUGGAUAAGCUGAAAGCCAGCAGUGAUGCAAAAGGGGACCAGUGCUUGCUGUGGGAUUAGGAUGUAAAUUUGUUUUCUAGUCUUCAUAGAAAUAAGCCUUAACAGCCCUGGAGCCAGACUGGCUGACUUCUACAAGGGAGUUAUGGGGUUAGAUUACAGUCGCCUGUGAUAAGAGGGGAGCGGAUAUGGCUGCUCACAAGAUGGGCCGGUUACCUGUGAGCAGGCAGGGGAGGGACACUGCAGAUGGUCAGGGGAUCAAGGCCAGCCCUGACAGCGAUGGGGAGGGAUGGAGGGAGCUCCGACGCCUGAGCAAAGUGUCUCAAACAAAACCCAGUGCCAGACAUUGGCCUUAUUCCACUGCCGUGACCCGCUCCGUUGCCUGUGCCGGGUCAGGAUGUCCCUGCGGCAUGGGGCUGAAAGCAGGAGGGUUAUUCUGCAGGGGAGUGGGCUGGGGAGUACCCAAUGCCAGGGGGUUGCCUUGCUUGGAAAUACAUUGUAUGAAAAAGGGAAA